ACGCUACCAUGGUGGCUCGCAGCACUGACAGCCUGGAUGGCCCAGGGGAGGGCUCGGUGCAGCCCUUGCCCCACACUGGGGGGCCCAGUGUGAAGGGGAAGACUGGGAAAAGGCUCUCGGCUCCUCGAGGUCCCUUCCCUCGGCUGGCUGACUGUGCCCAUUUCCAUUAUGAGAAUGUUGACUUUGGCCAUAUUCAGCUCCUGCUGUCUCCAGAGCGUGAAGGCCCCAGCUUCUCUGGAGAGAAUGAGCUGGUGUUUGGGGUGCAGGUGACCUGUCAGGGCCGUUCCUGGCCAGUUCUCCGAAGUUAUGAUGACUUCCGAUCCCUGGAUGCCCACCUACACCGGUGCAUAUUUGACAGGAGGUUCUCCUGCCUCCCAGAGCUUCCCCCACCCCCAGAGGGUGCCAGGGCUGCCCAGAUGCUGGUACCACUGCUGCUGCAAUACCUGGAGACCCUGUCAGGCCUGGUGGACAGUAACCUCAACUGCGGGCCUGUGCUCACCUGGAUGGAGCUGGACAACCACGGCCGGCGACUGCUCCUCAGUGAGGAGGCUUCCCUUAACAUCCCCGCAGUGGCCGCUGCGCACGUGAUCAAACGGUACACAGCCCAGGCACCAGAUGAGCUGUCCUUCGAGGUGGGAGACAUUGUCUCCGUGAUCGACAUGCCACCCACUGAGGAUCGGAGCUGGUGGCGGGGCAAACGAGGCUUCCAGGUCGGUUUCUUCCCCAGUGAGUGUGUGGAACUGUUCACAGAGCGGCCUGGUCCAGGACUAAAGGGGGAUGCCGAUGGUCCCCCAUGCGGUGUCCCAACGCCCCAGGGUGUCUCCUCUCUGACCUCAGCUGUGCCCCGGCCACGUGGGAAGCUGGCUGGCCUCCUCCGAACCUUCAUGCGCUCCCGCCCUUCUCGGCAGCGGCUGCGGCAGCGGGGCAUCCUGCGGCAGAGGGUGUUUGGCUGUGACCUUGGAGAGCACCUCAGCAAUUCAGGCCAGGAUGUGCCCCAGGUACUUCGCUGCUGCUCUGAGUUUAUUGAGGCCCACGGGGUGGUGGAUGGAAUCUACCGGCUCUCAGGAGUGUCAUCCAACAUCCAGAGGCUACGGCAUGAGUUCGACAGCGAGAGGAUCCCUGAACUGUCCGGCCCCGCCUUCCUGCAGGACAUCCACAGCGUGUCCUCCCUCUGCAAGCUCUACUUCCGGGAGCUGCCGAAUCCCUUGCUCACGUACCAGCUCUAUGGGAAGUUCAGUGAAGCCAUGUCGGUGCCCGGGGAGGAGGAGCGCCUGGUGCGAGUCCACGACGUCAUCCAGCAGCUGCCCCCGCCUCACUACAGGACCCUGGAGUACCUGCUGAGGCACCUGGCCCGCAUGGCGAGACACAGUGCCAACACCAGCAUGCAUGCCCGCAACCUGGCCAUUGUCUGGGCGCCCAACCUGCUCCGGUCCAUGGAACUGGAGUCUGUGGGGCUGGGUGGGGCAGCAGCCUUCAGGGAGGUACGGGUGCAGUCCGUGGUGGUGGAAUUCCUGCUCACCCACGUGGAUGUCCUGUUUAGCGACACCUUCACUUCUGCUGGCCUCGACCCUGCAGGCCGCUGCCUCCUCCCCAGGCCCAAGUCCCUUGCGGGCAGCGGCCCCUCCACUCGCCUGCUGACGCUGGAGGAAGCCCAGGCUCGGACCCAGGGCCGGCUGGGGACUCCCACCGAGCCCACCGCUCCCAAGGCCCCGGCUUCCCCUGUGGAAAGGAGGAAAGGGGAGAGAGGCGAGAAACAGCGAAAGCCAGGGGGAAGCAGUUGGAAGACGUUCUUUGCACUGGGCCGGGGCCCCAGCAUCCCCCGGAAGAAGCCUCUACCCUGGCUGGGGGGCACCCGUGCCCCACCGCCACCUUCAGGCGGCCGACCUGACACAGUCACACUGAGAUCUGCCAAAAGUGAGGAGUCUCUGUCAUCACAGGCCAGCGGGGCUGGCCUCCAGAGGCUGCAUAGGCUCCGGCGACCCCACUCCAGCAGUGACGCUUUCCCUGUGGGCCCGGCACCUGCUGGCUCCUGCGAGAGCCUGUCCUCGUCCUCCUCCUCCUCCUCCUCCUCUUCGGAGUCCUCGUCCUCUGGAUCCUCAGCAGCUGGGCUGGGGGCACUCUCUGGUUCCCCCUCACACCGAACCUCAGCCUGGCUAGAUGAUGGUGACGAGCUGGACUUCAGCCCACCCCGCUGCCUGGAGGGGCUCCGGGGGCUCGACUUCGAUCCCCUUACAUUUCGCUGCAGCAGCCCCACACCAGGGGACCCGGCACCCCCCGCCAGCCCGGCACCCCCAGCCCCUGCCUCCGCCUUCCCACCCAGGGUGACCCCCCAGGCCCUCUCACCCCGAGGGGCCGCCAGCCCUGCCUCGCCCACUGCCCUGGACAUCUCAGAGCCCCUGGCUGUAUCAGUGCCACCUGCUGUCCUGGAGCUCCUGGGGGCCGGGGGAACGCCUGCCUCAGUCACCCCAACGCCGGCCCUCAGCCCCAGCCCGGGCCUACGGCCCCAUCUCAUCCCCUUGCUGCUGCGUGGAGCCGAGGCCCAGCUGAGUGACACCUGCCAACAGGAGAUCUGCAGCAAGCUGGCGCUGCCUGUUCCCCGGGGAGCCCAAGGCCAGCCUGGUCCUGGUAUGGAUUCACCGCUGCUGCCCCCACCCCUGUCCCUCCUGCGCCCUGGGGGGGCCCCACCCCCACCCCCCAAGAACCCAGCACGCCUCAUGGCCCUGGCCCUGGCUGAGCGGGCUCAGCAGGUGGCCCAGAGACAGAACCAACAGGAGCAUGGGAGCACCCCUUCUGCUCCCCACUCCCCUUUCCACCGCUCACUGUCGCUGGAGGUGAGCGGUGAGCCCCCAGGGACCUCAGGGGUUGGGCCGGCCCCCAACUCCCUAGGCCACCCAGGUGCCUGGGUUCCUGGACCCCCACCCUCCCUGCCAAGGCAACAAAGUGACGGGAGCCUGGUGAGGAGCCAGCGGCCCCCAGGGACCUCAAGGAGGGGACUCAGAGGCCCUGCCCAGGUUCCUACUCCCGGCUUCUUCUCUUCAGCCCCUCGGGAGUGCCUGCCACCCUUCCUUGGGGUCCCCAAACCAGGCUUGUACCCCCUGGGUUCCCCAUCCUUCCAGCCCAGCUCCCCAGCCCCAGUCUGGAGGAGCCCCUUAGGUCCCCCUGCACCACUUGACAGGGGAGAGAACCUGUACUAUGAAAUCGAGACAGGUGAGGGAACCCCUUACUCUGGCCCCACUAGGUCCUGGAGUCCCUUUCGCUCUAUGCCCCCAGAUAGGCUCAAUGCCUCAUAUGGCCUGCUUGGCCAAUCGCCACCACUCCACAGGUCCCCCGACUUCCUGCUCAGCUACCCACCAGCCCCUUCUUGCUUUCCCCAUGACCACCUUGGCUACUCAGCCCCCCAGCAUCCCGCCAGGCGCCCUACCCGGCCCGAGCCCCUCUAUGUUAAUCUAGCUCUGGGGCCCCGGGGCCCCUCACCUGCCUCUUCCAGCUCCUCCUCCCCUCCUGCUCACCCCCGGAGCCGUUCAGAUCCUGGCCCCCCAGCCCCCCGCCUACCCCAGAAACAGCGGGCCCCCUGGGGCCCCCACACCCCUCACAGGGUGCCUACGCCCUGGGGCCCUCCAGAGCCUCUCCUGCUGUACAGGGCAGCCCCACCGGCCUACGGGAGGGGGGGCGAGCACCACCGAGGGUCCUUGUACAGGAAUGGGGGGCAAGGAAGGGAGGGGGCUGGUCCCCCACCCCCCUACCCCACUCCCAGCUGGUCCCUCCACUCUGAGGGUCAGACCCGAAGCUACUGCUGAGCCACAGCUGGGAGAGAGACCUUCCUCCCUUCCCUUUGCCCUCACUGGUCUUGGCCCCAUCUAAUCCCUUGUUUUGUAUUUUCUUGAGCUCCUGACCCCUACCCCAGGUUUCUAACUUUGUAACUUGUUUCUGAUGUGGGUCCCUAACCUGUUAUAGCUUCCCUACCCUGGGCCGAAGGGCACACCCAUCCCCCCACCAUCCUCCCGUCCCGGGGGCUCUCGCACAAAUCUGAGGGCUAGGCUGACACCCUGUCUUCCCUCUCCCUCCAGGAGCCCCCAGCUUGUCCUGACCUGUGCACAGGGGGUUGGGGAACAGCUCCUGCCCAUCUCCCCCCACACCCCCCACUAAAC